GGGGGAGGGGAUAUUAAUAUCUAGUUUUUGUUGACACAAGUGAUGUCACUAUUAAUUAAGUUUUUCGUCGUAAAUAUUAAUUAAUUUGUGACCAAAUGAGUGACAAACACAAGACAUGAGAUAUCAAUUGUUUCGGUCGUUAAUGAAAUGAAUAUACGACGGACUUCCUCGUCAUCGGCAUUGUUGUCGACGACGACCACCGAUACGACCAGAUGGACAAACAGUUCGUCACAAUUGCUUCAGACCAUCGAAGACAGCAUUUCUAAUGUGUACUACAAGUAUGGCCUCAUCUGUUCCCGACAUCCCGUUAUAGUGAUUGUGACGACACUAUUGAUAGUCGGCAUCUGUUGCUAUCCACUGACGGGAAUCCGUUAUCUUUUGGGUAAUUCAUCGCAAAAGUUUAUGACCACCACUGACCACGCAUAUGACUCGCCGCCGAAUAUUAACAAUAAGGAUAGAUCUGCUGACCACCCGAUCCCAGAUUGGUAUGAAAGCAAUCAAUCGCUGGCAUUCAUACAGCAAAUAGUGGUGAAGUCAGCAGUGAUCCCAUGGAAAGACAAUCUGAUUCUUAUGGAUGCCAUUCGGGCACCACUUUUGCAGUCAUUUAAACUCAUUGAAUCCAUUUCUAACUACCAGUCCGUUAAUGGAGAAUCGGCUCAAAGUUUGGACAACUACUGCUUUCAAAUAUCUGAACCAAUUGCUAAAAUGGUUGACAAACAGUCGGCUACUUUUUUGCCAACCUUUUCCUGUCUAGUUUUAAGUCCGUCUAACAUAUGGCAGAACGAUAUCAAUAAGUUUUUAAUGGAUCCAACAAUCAUAAAGACAAUGUACUCAGUUAAAGAUCUCACAUCUCAUUCCUCUGGUUCGGGAAGUCUACGUGAUAUUCUGUUYGGCAUUCCGUGGAUGGAGACCGGAAUCAAACGACUAUAUGUGCGAACCCGACAGAGAACCAUCACAUAUGCCAUAACAUUAGUUUUAUCGAAACACAGCCAACAAUACAUCGAUGGUUUGACCAAUUUUUUGAAAGACAAAUAUUCAUUUAAUCCAUUGCUUAAUAACGACACAAAUGAGCAAAAUUUGCCGACACAGACAUUAACUCAUAUUUAUUUUCAAAACAAGUUUACAUUUUAUGAUUUUAUGCCACUUCUGGCAACUUAUGUGAUGCUAUUUCUCUACAUGUAUUUCUCAGUUCGAAAAAUUGAUAUAAUAAAAAACAAGUGGGCUCUGGCCUUGUGUUCACUUCUCACUGUUAUUAUGUCAUUAAUGAUGUCUUUGGGUAUUUGUCUGAGACUUGGAUUCAAUCCGACACUAAAUGGCACUCAUAUACUGCCAUAUGUUGUCAUUAUAAUUGGUCUUGAAAAUAUGUUGGUAUUGACAAAAUCUGUAGUGUCAGCGCCAGCACACCUGGACAUCAAAGUGCGAAUGGCUCAGGGAUUGAGUCGCGAGGGCUGGUCUAUCACUAAAAAUCUUAUGACUGAAAUUACACUCUUGACAUUUGGAUUUUUUACAUUUGUUCCUAUAAUUCAGAAAUUAUGUUUGUUUGCAACGGUUGGUCUGCUCACAGACUUCUUCAUUCAGAUAACAUUUUUUGCGACCGUUUUAUCAAUUGAUAUUCAAAGGCUUGAGCUCAAUAAUAAAGGCCAUAGCAAUGGACAUAUUAGUUCACAAAGCCAUAGGACUCAUAGCAGGCAUAACUCUGCUGCAGACAUGAAUGGCGUAAUGUAUGGCAAUCGGACUUAUGGCCAGAAUGUGUUUGCCCGACCAUCAAAGCCGAAUCAAUUUAAAAUGCCUAAACGUUUGCGAGUCGUCUAUUUUGUUGCCCGAACCAGAUUAGUACAGAGAGCUCUUAUGGUUGUUCUCAUUGGUUGGAUCUCAUUCUUGGUCUAUAAUUUCGGAAUUCUUGACCAUUUGGGUAAUGAAUUGCAAAACGCGAAUCGCAAUUCAUUAUUUCGAUCAUUUGUUUCCGAAAACAACAAAGUGUUCAUAAAAAACAAACAAAAUAGUGAAAAAAGUGCCAAAAGUGAUGAUGAAAACGAUAAAGUGAUGCUAAACAAGAAUAAUUCGUUUGAAAAUAUUCUUGAAAUGAAUCGAUUGGUUCAUCACAAUCCUGACUUUGGUGCCGAACGGUUAUCAUCUCAACACUGGUCGGCAUUAUUUAACUACUAUAACCUUUCAGUUUCCGGAAAUUAUAUAACAAUUUUGCCGCCAAUAUUACUUUCCGUACCGACACCACCGGAGUCAGCUAUUCAGAUGCGUCAUCCCGCUGAAAGUGAUCCACAAAUAUUCAGACAAUUUUUGUCACCUUCUGGACUACAUUUACCUGAUCCGGAUGACAAUUUUAGCGGAUUAAAUUCAGACACAAUUCCACAUAUUCCGAUGCAGUGGUCAAAAAUGGAAAUAAUGAUAACAUUGGGUUUAUCAAUACCGAGUAUUAUAUUUAUUAUAUAUGUUUUUGUUUUGAUGUACCGAUGUAUGUGUUCCCGAAAUUACGCCGAAUGGCGAGAUUCGUGGUCACAGACACUGCGGUUCAGUAAAAAUAACAACAAUAAGAAGCGUAACUUUGGUUACGAUAUAAUUGAUUUUGAAACAAAUCCAAUAAAACUUCAGGAUCACGAUCAAGAACUUAAUCUUUUGGCAUCUAAUAGUGAUACACCUUUUGUUAUGUCGAUUUGUAUAAGCGGUGACAUUAAGGUUUGGGACGUCCUUUCAGGAGAAUGUCACACUUAUAUUAAGAGAUUCACUGCUGACCUCAAUGAUCACAAUCAAGUUGUUCGCAAGCGAUUUAAACCGACUCAUAAACCAAGUGGUAGUUUCUCAUCGGAUUCAACUUAUGGAUCCUCUCCGGGAAAUUCUAAUGAUUUUUUGAAUGAAAUCCCAAAUAAUAGUCUGAAUCAGAUAUGCGAGACGCCAUCACCUGUUAGGAAUCGUUCGGCCAAUUUUGAUGGCUAUAAUUUUUCUUCAUUUGUUUCUCAACAGACGAAUUAUUCUUCUCAAAGUUUAUUAACUGAACUAAUACUUAACGCUGCCGUCAAUUCAGAAGAGAUUUCAUCUAAUGAAUCGACGGUUAAUCUCGGAGUUGAAUCAAGUCUUCCAUAUGAACCCAUUUGGUGUUCAGAAAUAUUUGGUAAAUUAAUUAUAAUYGGAUGUUCUAACGGUCGCAUUGAAGUAUGGGAUGCACUCAAUGGUAAUCUUUGUUUUUGUUACGAGGAAAACAAGAGUGGAGUUACGGCACUAAAGGCCACAAACACUAAACUAGUUGUGGCCCGACUUAAUGGGACACUCGAUAUCUUUAAUGUCGAUACAAUCAAUGGAUUUAGUGUAAACAUAACCUCGGAUUCAAACACUAGUCCAUCACCGCAUUCGGCUAAAGGCCAAGUGGUUCGCUAUAAUUUGUUGCAUUCAUUCAGAGCUCACUUACAACCCAUCACUUGUCUUCAAAUUCUUGACUCGUCUACUAUUAUAACGGGUGGUUUGGAUCAUCAAUUAAAAGUUUAUCGUUUAGAAAAUGCCAAUUGUUUAUUCACACUUCAUGGCCAUUGUGGUGGUAUCACAACGAUUCAUAUCGACCGAUAUUGUCCAUUCUCAGCAAUAAGCGGAUGCCAAGUGGGACAGUUAUGUGUAUGGGAUGUCCAGACUCGCACCUGUGUGUUUAGUUUAGAAGCUCAUAUGGAGGCCUCGGUGACGGCAGCUUUGGCGACUCCACUGUAUUUUAUUAGUUCGGGAACAGAUAACAACAUUUGCAUUUGGGAUAAAUAUUCUGGUCAUUUGGUUCACACAAUACAAAAUCAUCAUAGUUUUUGCCGGGAAAUGUUAUUACUGACCCCAAACAUAUUGGUGACCGCACGGGAUGACCAUCUUGUUCUCUACGAUGUAUCAGAAGCAGUAGCCAUUCGGAUGAUAGAAUUGGACGCCAAUUGUGAUAAACAAAGUUAUAUUAAAAAUCUGAAAAUGUCAUCACAGAGUCGGGCCGUUGUCUGUGAUUAUGGCAAACAAUUGUGUGUCAUUCACUUUCCCAGUGCUACUGAAAAAAGUGAUUAAGUUUAACAACAAUAUUAUAAUAAUAUUUAUUUUUGCUAAUUAUAGACUAAACUAUAUUUUUAAUGAAAUA